UAGGAUAUCUUUUGUUUUUGACCUCCGGGCCGACUUCGGGGAAAAGGUGGAAAUACCGCCGCCGUCCAAAUCGGGUUCUGACCCAAAUCCGGACCGUGGGCGGUCAGUAAUGCGCCGGGUCCUGCGCUCGACACGACAACGGAGCGAACAGGCGUCCCAGCCAGCGCCGUCCGCUAACUGUGGAACCCGCCGCCCGCCGCCUGCUGCCCACUGCCGCCCGCCGCCGCUGCUCGGAGUUCGGCUUUGCUGACUAGUUGAUUCUCCUCCCCGCAGCGAGCCGUUCCCCGGGCGUUUCCUGGGGGGAAAAAAGAGGAUUUUUCUCCGCUUGAGAAUUUUUUUAAUUUUUUAAUUUUUUGCGUUUAGUUUUGCGCUCCUCGGCUGGCAAAGCGCAGCUCGUUAGCAUAAACCAACUAGCCGCCUGGGCGCGCGGAGGCCUUUUUAUUUAUAAAACCUGCGUUUCUGCUCGACAACCUGCUCGCAAACAUGGCCCCGGCCCACAACGGCGCCUUAGUCGUGUUGACCCGAAUCUGAAACGGACGCCGUUCGGUCGCGUCAGGCUCCUGUUUUGGUUUUUUGUAUUUUGUUUUAGGAUAUGGGGAAGCGGUGUCCCGGCCGGCCGCACAUCUGUCGCUCCUUCUGGGUCGGGAAGCCGGAGACGUCGGCGCGUUUAUCGGGAAACAGCUGCGACCUUUCCGGGGCUGUAGCGUCACCCUAACACCGCUGGUGUCCCCCCGCACCCCCGGCACCCCCCCCCGGCAUCCACUUCUCCGGUCCGCAACAACUGCGCUUCACGGGGAAAUCCGGCAAUUCCGUGCAGGUUUCCCCUGGUCUGCUCCUUCCAUACGCGGCCGGCUUCGGAGCGCUCUUUAUUCGGGGGACUGAGCCGUGACUGAGCCGCUCCGCAGCAUGAACUACCAGCAGCACCUGGCCAACUCGGCCGCCAUCCGGGCUGAGAUCCAGAGGUUUGAAUCCGUCCACCCCAACAUCUACUCCAUCUACGAGCUGCUGGAGCGGGUGGAGGAGCCCCUGUUGCAGAACCAGAUACGGGAGCAUGUCAUCGCCAUUGAAGAUGCCUUUGUCAACAGCCAGGAGUGGACUUUGAGCCGGACAGUACCAGAACUUAAAGUGGGCAUUGUGGGUAAUUUGGCCAGCGGCAAGUCGGCGCUGGUCCACAGGUACCUGACAGGAACAUAUGUCCAGGAGGAGUCGCCGGAAGUAUCUGUCACGGACAGUGUGGUCGGUCCGUCAGCCGAAGCGCACCAGACCCCCCUCGCAUACAAACAGACCCUGCUAGUCAACAAGGAGUUUGUCAAAACUAGGAAAAAGGAGAUUAACAGGAAGUGGAGGGUGCAAGGAGACGGAGACCCAAACAUGUGUCACGCUGUGUCCUCUCAUGCUGUGUCCUCUCACACCUCCAGCUGCCUCCUCGGCAGGAGGGACUCGGACGCAAAAAUGCAGCCUAGUCGAGAGGAGCAGGACGAUGGAAGGAGAAAAGACAAGGAUCAGGAGCAACAGCAGGGCAUGCUGAUGAAGAGGAGCGGCAAGUCACUCAACAAGGAGUGGAAGAAGAAGUAUGUCACCCUGUGUGACAACGGACUGCUGACCUAUCACCCCAGCCUGCAUGAUUACAUGCAGAAUGUCCACGGCAAAGAGAUUGACCUGCUGAGGACCACCGUCAAAGUGCCAGGGAAGAGGCCGCCCAGGGCUGUGUCCACCUGCGCGGCCGUGCCCAGCCCCAAAACCAACGGCCUGGCCAAGGACAUGAGCAGCCUGCAGCUGGGACAGACGGCAGUGACCAGCAGUUCCUCGGCGUCUCAGAUGGCCAGCGGGAUCAGCCUGGUGUCCUUUAACAGCCGCGGGCUGGACGGCAUGCACCAGCGCUCCUACUCUGUCUCCAGCGCCGACCAGUGGACAGAUGCCACCGUCAUCGCCAACUCGGGAGUCAGCACAGACACAGGCCUGGGCGACUCAGUGUGCUCCAGCCCAAGUAUCUCCAGCACCACCAGCCCCAAGAUAGAGCCCCCGCCUUCGCCGCAUGCCAACCGCAAGAAGCACCGGCGGAAGAAGAGCACCAGCAACUUCAAAGCCGACGGCCUCUCUGGUACUGCUGAAGAACAAGAGGAGAACUUUGAGUUCAUCAUCGUCUCGCUGACGGGUCAGACGUGGCACUUCGAGGCCAUCUCGUACGAGGAACGCGACGCCUGGGUCCAGGCGAUCGAAAGCCAGAUCUUAGCCAGCCUGCAGUCCUGUGAGAGCAGCAAGAACAAGUCUCGGCUGACCAGCCAAUCAGAAGCCUUGGCCCUGCAGUCAGUCCGGAGCAUACGAGGGAACUCCCGCUGCGCCGACUGUGAAGCUCAGAACCCAGAUUGGGCAAGCCUCAACCUCGGGGCCCUGAUCUGCAUCGAGUGCUCUGGGAUCCAUCGGAACUUGGGUACCCAUCUCUCCCGGGUCCGCUCCUUGGACCUUGAUGAGUGGCCCCUGGAGCUCAUCAAGGUUAUGUCAGCCAUUGGAAACGAGCUGGCCAACAGCGUUUGGGAGGCCAACACCCAGGGUCGCCCCAAACCUGCUCCUGACGCCAGCCGGGAGGAGCGUGAGCGCUGGAUCCGGGCGAAGUACGAGCAGCGUCUCUUCCUGGCCUCGGUGUCGUGUUUGGACCUCUCUCUGGGCCAGCAGCUCCUGAGGGCCACUGCCGAUGAGGACCUGCGCUCCGUGGUGCUGCUGCUGGCCCACGGCUCUCGCCAGCAGGUUAACGAGACGUGCGGCGAGGGCGACAGCCGCACAGCACUCCACCUGGCCUGCCGCAAGGGUAACGUGGUCAUCACCCAACUCCUCAUCUGGUACGGCGUGGACCUGAUGGCGAGGGACGCCCACGGCAACAGCGCCAUGGCGUAUGCACGGCAGGCCAACAGCCAGGAGUGUGUGGACACGUUGGCGCAGUACGGCUGCCCCGACGAGCGUUACCCGCUCAUGGCCACGCCCAACCUGUCGCGACGCAACACCAACCGAAACAACAGCUGCAGCAGCACCGGGAGCGCUGCUCUCAUAUGAGCCCUCACCUCGCCACAUCGCCCCCUAGUUAGGACUUCUAGUACUUCACCAGGAAAACCUUCUCCUGGAAAAAUAAAUCUUCACGGAUUAAAAAGAAAGACACAGAAAAAUACCAGGAAAUCAGUGUGAAUCUUUGUCAAAAAGAAUUCAUCUGGGAGAUUUCUGACAGAGUCAUUAUUUGGGAACCACUACUUGUGCACGCCUGUUAGAAAUGUAGAUCCCCAGAAACACACACAUAUACACGCAAGGAAGCAUCUGCUUGUCAUAUCAUGAAAAAAUAUCUUAAUGGGGGUACUCCCUCCCACUGUCUGGCGUCUCAUAAGGCUGUAGCAUCUAUAAAGAUCCCCCAAAGCAUGCUGGGUAAUGUCCUAAUCACCUGACCUGGAACAGUCACUUUACAAUUCCCAGUUCUACAAUUACCUGUUCCACAAUCUUAUU